AUGCCAUUGCUCCGCGUACCGACGCUAUGGCUUGCCAUUCUCGCAGUGUCGGUGCAGCCCGCCAGCAUCGUAUAUGUGACGGACCUAGAGAUCUUCACGUCUUUGGCACCAUGCGCCUCCUACGCCGUGUCGUACGGCGUCUUCAUUGAAACAUACUCGUCCCGAUGCGGCGACAGCCAGACCGCUCUUCAAACAUGCAUUUGCUCCAAUUCCAACGAGUUCAAGCAAGUCACGAACAACAUCAACGCGGAUCUAUCGUCGACGUGCGGAACAGGCGCCGGAACGAGCGAUACGUGGAGUGCUUCGGUCGUCAUGGCCAGGUACUGCAGCCUCGACGAAGCGAUUACGUUUCCGAAGCCCAGCAACGUAGUCAAUGCGUACAUCACGGAGCUGUCGCAAAUGUCCUACCUGCCCCAUUGCGCACAGUCGGCGCUGUCGUACGCCGUCAUGGCCGAUAUGGCCGACAAGUGCCCCAAAGACGCGAGCUUGUUCGCCCCCUGCGUGUGCAACAGCCAUCGAGCCAAGGGCAUCAGCGAAACACUGAGUAAAUCCGUGCGACUAUCGUGCACAAACGACCAAGACGUCACUGCCGCUCAGGCCUUUUACAACGAGUACUGUGCGAUGAACAGCGGGACAACCUCCUUUGCUGCGCCUCAGGGUCCCCCAGGAGAUGUGUCGUACUACAUCACGGCGCUGCCUCAGUACAAAGCCCUCCGAUCGUGCGCUCAAAGCGCCGUCUCCUCCGCCGUCCUAGAUCAAACGGCAUGGAAUUGCGCCUCCGGACCUCAAGCCCUCGCCUCGUGCGCCUGCCUUAAAUCCGGCAUGCGCGGCAAGGUCUCCAGCUCGCUCACCUCGCAGGUUAAAGGGUACUGCUCUAGCACUGCCAUCGACGACGUGACGUCGGCUAUAAGCGUGUGGGAGUACUACUGCAGCGCGGCCGAAAAUAAAGUGGUUGCAACAGUGUCCGAGUCCGUUUCCCAGACGGGAGCGACGGGCGUGCCGUCCCGAACUCAGCCCAGCGCGCCCCUUGCCUCUCAAACAGGCGACAGCGCCGGAGGAAAUGGUGGCAAUGGAAACACUGGUGGGACGAACAAAACCGGCGUGAUUGUGGCCAGCGUGCUGGGGGCAAUCGUGGCGGUUGUCGCGGCGGCCGGGCUCUUCUUCUUCUUCCGACGCCGGAACCAGAGAACUGCAAAGGAAGAGCAGAUCUCACGGACGGAAGAGCUUGAUACCUUGAGCAAGCAUCCGUAUCCAAGCGUGGACGCGUCAAUUCCCGAGCUGUCGACGCCAUCCCAUAUGCCGAGACCGGAACUGUACCCGAAUGCUACUUUGUUGCCGGCGGAAUUGCCGCCGGAGCAAUGCUGGGGUAGAGCCGAGCUACAGGGUGGAGGACCGCAGCAUCCGACGAGUGCCUCAUCGGAGCACCAGGUCGGUGCGCAGUAUGCUGUUCGCGGGUACGGAGGUGACGGUUCGGGGCCACGCGGCGGAGAGGUGUACGAGCUGGGGAUGAAUAUGCCCGGGACGUCAUGA